AGAAUUAGCCGAUAUGCACUGUCUGACACUUCUUCAGGUGGCCUGUAGACAUAUUUUGAUCAGCCUUUUUCAGACUUUCUUCCAAACCGUCUGAUCUGUAAAACGAGUCCCGCCGAUUCCCGAGGCGCGCGUCCUGCGGCGUGACGUCACCCCCCCCCGCGCGGCCGCUGCACAGUAAUCCAACAUGGAGUGAUCAGAGAUGGGGCUCGUCGGGGCCACCCUCCGCAGCACCGGCGCUGAUUCAAUCUAGAGAUCCUCGGAAACACACCGAAGCGCUCAAACUGUGGGGAGUUACUCGGGGGGAUCUGAUUUAGCCUUCUUUUAUUCCGAGAUCCUCCAAGAUUUUCACCAGCAACUGGUUAGAUCCAGUGAAAAAAGAAAAAAUAGAGAGAGAAAGAAACGAAAACCCAUCGGAGACGAGGACAGGAGAGAGAGAACGAACUAAUUUAUAGCCGAACGAAAUGUGAGGGAUUAUUGGGAAAAGAGUGGCAUAAAAAUGACGAACGGACAGAGUGCACCCGCUUUGGGAUUUGUUUGAGAAAAAUGAUUGAAGAAACGCACCCAAGCGAUGACAGUUACAUUGUGCGCGUCAAAGCGGUGGUCAUGACCCGAGAUGACUCAAGUGGGGGAUGGCUGGCACAAGAAGGUGGGGGCCUCAGCAGGGUGGGCGUCUGUAAGGUGAUUCCUGCUGAGCUGACCGGCCGCAGCGACUUCCUCAUCCAUGGCGAGCGGCUCAAAGACAAGCAGGUGAUUUUGGAAUGUUUCGUGAGGAAAGAUCUGAUCUACACCAAGGCCACGCCCACAUUUCACCACUGGAAGGUCGACAACAAAAAAUGCGGCCUGACGUUCCAUAGCCCCGCCGAUGCCCGUGCCUUUGACAGAGGUGUGCGGAAAGCCUUGGAGGACAUAACGGAGGGCUCCACAACUUCCUCUUCAACACUCCAGAAUGAGGCUGAACUUGGGGACGAUGAUGUGUUCACAACUGCCACCGACAGCUCCUCAAACUCAUCUCAAAAGAAGGAGAUCUCUACACAGCUAGUGGCCACCUCCACCUUCUACGAGCCUCAUCUACAUCGCUGUAUUCUGCAAUACAGACCACCUGAGCGCUACAGCCUAGAUCAGAAGUUCUCCAGGAACCCCUUCCCGUUUGAGGACGAGGAGAUUGUCCGAAUCAACCCCCGGGAGCGCUGGCUGAUCACAGGCUACGAGGACUACAGAUACGCCGCCGUGCCAGAAAAGUUCACCCAACACGAGGACUCGGACUCAUACGUUCACAUCGCUAAGAACGAACCCUUAAAGCAUGACUACAGCUACCCCUACGUGCCCAGCUCCGACUUCAGCCAGUGCGACCUCAAGAGCCACUGCGGAGGCGUAGUGGCUACCCAGCCGCGGGCGAUCAAGCUCAAAGGCAAGCGAAGGAAAGAGGACGGAGAGCGAUCGCGCUGCGUCUACUGUCGGGACAUGUUCAACCAUGAGGAGAACCGGCGCGGGCAGUGCCACGAUGCCCCUGACCCCAUCCGGACCUGCAUCCACCGGGUCAGCUUCAUGUGGUGCGCCGACAGCAUGCUCUACCACUGCAUGUCCGACCCGGAGGGAGAGUACUCGGACCCGUGCUCGUGCGACUCCAGCGAGGAGCGUUUCUGUCUUCGCUGGACGGCCCUGCUGGGUCUGUCGCUGUUGGCGCCUUGUCUGUGCUGCUACCCACCGCUACAUGGGUGCCACCGCUGCGGUGUGGCCUGCGGUUGCUGUGGAGGGAAGCACAAGGCCGUCGGCUGAAUGAACCCUAAACACACCCCUCAGGACGCUAGCACUGAGGAGGGCAGGAGCGGACUGUCCUGUACUUUACAUUCUCUCCUGGCUCCAGAAAACAGUUGGUGCGUUGAAAACGUUCUCUUUUAGUUGUUUUUAUAAAUAUGAAAGUAUAUAUAUGUGUAUGUUCUUUUCUUUCCUUUUUGUUAUGGAUGCUUCUCUCAGUUCCUCGGCUCUCCUGGAGCCCUCAUGUCAUGCAUUACUUAUGCAGGUACUUUAUAUUUUUUACACUGAUUUGACUUUUCAAGAACUUGAAUCGCUUGUUGUUUACGGCGCGCAGUCGUUUGGGUGUCGUUUCUUCCUGAAUAGGUUCAUACAUAAACUGGCAUUUAUAUCCCAAGCCCUUUAACCGUUCAGAACAAUAACAGUGAGAUUAGCUCGAGACACUAAACCUGUAGUCGGAAGCGUCCGUUUGUAGUGCGAUUGUGGGAGAGCGUGUCGAUGCAUGCAUGCGUGUUGUAAAGGAAUGAUAACAUUGUAUCACAGCAUAGUAUUGUCGUUAUUAUAUUUAAGCCAAAUUUACAUAAGCUGCAUCCAGAGUAUAUAUAAAUACUGUAUAUGUUUCAAAUCAAACUAUUGUAAUCAUUUUCGAGAGCCACAGCUGCGCUUCAGACAUGGGACAUUUUCCUUAGAGUUGACUUCUUUUGGAUGCGAGGGUGGCUUUUGAGUCUGAUGCAUAUUUGAUAUCCAAAGAUUAUUUUUAUCAUAUUUAUUCUCGCAGUUAAUCGAAUCACCAGCCAAAGGAAGGAAAAUAAAAAUUGAGAGAGAAAUCAUCAGACUGUAGGCAAAAAAGCACAGCCAUAUGGACAAAGAAAGGAGUUUCCAGUGAGCCCACGCCGCUUCACCUGCAAAAAAUUAAAUCAUAAUUUUAAUUUUUGUCUUGAAAAACAUAAUCUAAAUAUCCUCACAACAAAUUACUUAAGAAAAUAUACCUGGAUUUGGUAGUGCUAUCAAACGAUAAAUCGUGAUUAAUCACAUUUAAAAUAAAAGUUUUUGUUUACAUAAUAUAUGUGUGUUUGCUGUGUAUAUUUAAUAUGUAUAUAUAAAUACACACAC